UUUUUCGCAGUUCGCAAGUUGCAAUCGCAGUGAAAACGUUUAUCUCUACGCAGUAGCAGUUGUUCAAUUUGCUUUAGAAAGUUUAUAACUACGGAGUGAUAUCAGUGAUUACAUUAUCUUAUCACAUCGCGUUAUUUAAAUAUCUUGUUGAUAGCUUUUCCAAAUCGACAUUGUUACUUGUUACUUUUGUGAGUGAACAUUAUUGCAAGCUAUCUUUUUCAAAUUAAUGUAAAUUCAUAGUUAAUAAUGAAUUUAUCGUUUGCUGGCUGUGGUUUCUUGGGUAUUUAUCAUGUAGGUGUUGCAGUUUGUUUUAAGAAGUAUGCUCCACAUUUGUUGUUGGGCAAGAUUUCUGGUGCCUCUUUCGGAGCCUUGUCCGCCUGCUGUUUGCUUUGUGACGUUCCUAUCGGUGAGAUCACAUCAGAUGUAUUAAGAGUAGUGAGAGAAGCACGGGCCGGGUCGCUCGGGCCCUUCAGCCCGUCAUUCAAUGUACAGAAUGUCCUACUCGAGGGCAUGGAGAAGCACCUCCCUCACGAUGUCCACAAGAUCGUCAGUGGGAAGCUGCAUGUGUCCCUCACCAGGGUAUAUGAUGGAAAGAAUGUUAUAGUUUCCGAAUUUGCCACGAGGCAAGAUUUGAUGCAGGCACUACUAGCGUCAUGCUUCGUGCCGGUGUUCUCGGGCAUGUUGCCGCCGCGCUUCCACGGCAUCCGCUACAUGGACGGCGGCUUCAGCGACAACCUGCCAGUGCUGGACGAGAACACCAUCACCGUCAGCCCCUUCUGUGGCGAGAGCGAUAUAUGCCCGCGCGACCUUAGCUCACAACUCUUUCAUGUAAACGUAGCGAACACAAGCAUAGAGAUUUCAAAACAAAACAUCAACCGUUUCGCGCGCAUUCUGUUUCCGCCCAAACCGGAAGUGCUGAGUAACAUGUGCAAGCAGGGCUUCGACGACGCGCUGAGGUUCCUUCACCGGAAUAAUCUGAUCUCCUGUACGCGCUGCCUGGCUGUGCAGACCACAUUCCAACUGCAAGACGUUUUGGACGAUACCUCCUUCGAUUACGACCCCGAGUGUGAAGAAUGCAAAACCCAUAGACAGGACGCAUUAGUAGACAACCUCCCCGACACAGUGAUGACGAUAUUCCAAAACGCGAUCGAUUCUGCAAACCACGGAUUAGUGAAUUGGGUGAUGAGACAGAGAGGCAUGCAGUAUCUAUCCAUUCUCACCAUACCGUACAGAGUGCCCAUCGACAUCAUGUAUGCUACGUUUACCAAGUUCGUAUCAUGCACGCCGAAGAUGAGCAAGUCUCUGUGGCGGCUCAGCCUGAGCCUGCUGCAGCAGCUGCACGGGUUCGUCUAUUACGCCCAUGAUCGCUCCGACGUGGCCGCGCAGAUCUACUACAAGCUCACCGCGGACCGCAAGCGAGAGCUGUGCGACAAGGCCGGUCAGAUGGAGAGACGGCGGGCGAGCGAGGUGCGCAUUUCCUACGGAGACACGGUUCUGUCAGACGCUGACACGUUCGAGCACAUCCUGAGCGUGACGUCACACAACGACGCACUGCUGGCUUACUACUACCUGGACAGCGAUAAUAAGAUGAAGCUGACGGAGAUCUACGACGUGACGGACGCGGAGUCGGCGGCGGUGCAGUCGCCGGCGGAGCGCGACGCCAACCGCCACCUCGAGUUCGACAACGACUGGGCCGCCGACCUCGUGCAUGAUAAUGAACAACUGGACAUCGAAGCGAUGGAUGAAGAAGACGAGCUGGCAGACAGGAACAUAUUCUCGGACCCCGAGAGCGAGUGGGUGAGAAGAUGCUCCAUCUCCAGUGCGUCAGAGAGUGACGGCGAACAGCCCGAGUCCGACCAAAGACUACUGGAACAAAUAGACUGCGAGCGUCUAGCGAAGACGGUGAACAAGCGCGCCGUGGUGCUCACCAACUUCAUGCUCAACAAUCUGGUGGAGGCAUUAGUCCAGCUCCUCACCAACACCACGCUACUGGACUCGCUACUGCUAGAGGGCCUGCCCUUGAAGAUACCGUAUUUGAAUCCUUUGUGCGAGGCGUUACUAUCGAACAGCUCGCUCCAACACGUGUAUCUCCCGCGCUGCCUGGUGGGCGACGCAGGCUGCCUGGCGCUGUGCUCGGCGGCGCGCUGCCUGCCCGCGCUUCUGACGCUAGACCUCAGUGGGUGCGAGAUCACGCCGCUUGGCGCUGGGUAUAUUGCUGAGUUGGUUAAGUACCAGAAGAUCCACCGCUACAGUGAGAACUGGGUGCACACGCUGCGCUACCGUCUUCCCCAACUAGACGCCAUGGCGGGGCUGCGGCGGAUCACGCUGUGCGGGAACCCUCUUGGGGACGCCGGGUUUAGCAAGCUUACCGAUGUGCUGGCUGAUGACUUGUGGAUUAAGGCCCUAGACGUGCAGAACUGCGGCCUCACUGACGAGGCGGCGGCGGCGGCGCUACACGUCAUGUCCUCUAAUACAACGCUGGUGGUCCUCGACGUGAGACACAACGACGUGUCGGCCGAGGCGCUGGGCAAGCUGAGGGCCGCGCUCAGGCAGAAUGAAAGGAGGGGACUCGGUGGACAGUAUUCUUGGAUCUCAAGCGGUUCGAGCAAGACAUCCAAGAGUGGAGUGACAAAAGAUCGCUGCGCUUCUACUACCCGAAAUCCCACCACCAACAAAUAUUUCACGAAGCCUAACCUGACCAAAAAGGAAAAAGAGUACACGGAGCUCCUCGAGGAGCAACUGCAGGAGGAGGCAUCGCAUCGGCGGCAGCUGGAGCAGCUGAACCAGCAGCUCGUGGACCAGAUGAAGACGCUCCGGCAACAGCAGCUCAAGCUGUGGCGUGGACCGGCCUCCACUGGGUCAGAGCAGUCGCUCCAGGCUAGCUCGCGCAGCUACGACAUGUCUGGAGGAAGCUCGGGCAGCUCCAACUCCGUGCCCAUAGACCAGACGACGCUGGCGUACAUCCAGCACGCCUUCCGGGACAUAUACGCGUUCAUCAAGAACAACCAGUGUCAAGGGCAAUGUGUGGAAGAAACGAGUAUAUUAAAGGAACCAGAACACCCGCCGAUACAAGAGGUGUCCGAAUUAGAGGAGCGCAGUGAGUCGAAUGACAUGCGCAUCAACAUCACGGCAAAGAAGGCUCAAAGCGCGCACCAGAAGUUGGUCGAACAAACGAAAGCCAGUAAAACCACGAAAUCUGCUCAUGUGUUGACUGAUAGAGGAAAUGGUUUGGAGAAUAUGAAACAAGACAUGAUUGAGAGGCAAAUGGGAGACACAAUGACAUCGCAUAUUGAUCCGGAAGAACGAUACACAUUAGAAGAAAUGAUUGCCAUGCAGACAAAGCUAGGAAUAGACAGCCUGCCGUCCAGCGUCCCCUCCAGCUCAUCCAUCUUGAGCUCAUCCUCGGAGACGCUGGUGCUGACGCAGCGCACAGCCGACCGGCCGCCGCUGACAAAUGACCGGCCGCCACGGACAGAUGACCGGCCGCUGCUGGUGAACCCCCGAAACGUGCUCUACUCCAGCGAUGAAGACAGCGCGUGACCACAGUGAUAAGAUGUUAUGUUUAUUUGUUAUCGGAAUAAAAUGUUUUUUUAUUGACUGAA